AUGGUGUUUCAGAAUUGGAGCUGGAAGAAGAAAAGCGAAGAUCAUGAUUCAUGGUCUGAAAGUUGUUGUUAUUGUAACAUGAGAGAAGAAUAUCUUGAUACAUGGUUUGAAAGUUGCUAUUGUUAUAACUUGAGAAGAGAAGAUACAGCGUUACAGGGUUGGAGGAAGAAGAGAAGAAGAGACGAUGAUGAUGGUCAGAGCAAGAGAAAAGAAGAAGAGACACGGUUUAGACAUAGGACAGAUGAUUUACCAUUUAUAAACGACGAUUUGUUAGAAGAAAUCAUGUUGAGGCUUCCAGCGAAAGCCCUAACUCGAUUCGAGAUCGUGUCUAAACACUGGAGUCGUAAGAUCAAGUCUAAAUAUUUCAAGGAUAGAUACAUGUCGCAUCAGAAAACAACUCAAGAACCCAAAUUCCUAUGUCUCCACGAAUCUUUCUUAGGUCUUACUCUAACGAGUAUGAGUUUGGACUGGUCUUCGACGUCUUGUCUAGCGGAAGAAGGCCCGGUCUAUCACAUUGAACCAAAAAUCGACCAAUCCACCAGAGUUUCGGGUAGUUGCGAGGGUCUUGUCUGCAUAUUCGACGAGCACAAGCCGACAAGUCCGAUUAUUGUGACUAACCCGGCCAUGGUACGUGCUCAAACCCUGCCUCUUUCCUGGUUUCAGCGUCAGUGCUUAGAAGACAAUAAUAACAACAAAAAUCAACCUCCACAGUUCCCAGGACUUGGGAAAGACGACGUUACAGGAACGUACAAACUAGUCUGGCUGCAUAACAACGAAAGCAACUACACCUUAUCAUGCGAGGUUUUUGAUUUCGAGGUCAAGAAAUGGAGGUGCCUUGCGAAUACGCCUUGUGAUGUACGCGCAAACGAGGAACCAAUAUUCGCAAAGGGAUGGCUUUACUGGAUCAUUGCAAAUCGGAGUAACGAGUAUAAUAUUCUUGGUUACAAUAUUCACACGGAGAUGUUUAGGGUCUUUACAAAUACGAUUGUUUCCGAGGCAUGUGAUUUUAAUACGAUUACUAUGUGCAGUCUAAGUGACCGUAUCUGGGUGACAAAUAACAUGCCAGAAGGUGAUGGUAUGCAACACUUUUGGAGGAUCAAAAACACAAUGGAUUCCGAGUGGGAAUCGGAGAAGCUGUUCUCCAUAGACCCUUAUUUGAUUUCCCCUGGGUUUAAGAAUACCUCAACGGUUGAGCCGUUCAUCACACUUAAGGCAACUUCCAAGGACAAUAAGAAGGUUAUCGUCUCAAGGUUAUAUUUCUCCAAUCUCGUACAUUUGCUUUCUAGUCCCACUGGCCAAGGCCUAGUUUUUGGUUCUGCUUUUACUGGUCCUGGUUACUGUACAUUCAUUCCUUAUUUUCAGAGUUUAGACUUUCCAUUGUGAACUAGCUUAUUUAGU